AUGGCUGUCCUUUAUCCGAAUUUUAAAGGAAUUAAAUUCUUAGACUUUGAAACAAUUAAAGUUGACUUUAACAAAUUUUCAAAAAACCAAAAAAAAUUUGACGCUGAGAAACUCAAACAAUUUUUAAAUUGGCGUUUGGACAUGAAUUGUGUUGAAAAGCCUCUAUUUGAAAAGGUACAAAAUAAAUAUGUAGUGCCCCAAGCUUUUCAGGAGCUUUUGACCUUCAGAUCAUUCCUCUCUACCCACUAUCUCCCCACACUCACUCCAAAUACCAGGAGUCUUUCACAAUCUCCGAAUAAUUUCCAGACCAGAUUGAUACAGAAAAAUCCAGUCCGCAACUAG